AACGGGCGCGUGAAUACAAACGGGCGCGAAUACAAGCGUGUAUAUAAUAUAAGUAAAAAUACCAUUAAAUUUUUUAGAAGUUCAAAAAAUCACAGCAAAAUUUGAUAUUUUCUAUAUUCGGUACGUGGGUAAACGAAAUUUGUGUAAUGGGUCGGUCCAGUUCCAAGCUGCUGGAAACACCCAACAACCCUUUGCAGGAGUUGCAAUUUGAGGAGCGUAAGCGGGAGCAGCGUAAACGCAAGCAAGAAAAGCAACAAAAACAAAUUGCCAAAUUACAAAAGAAACAAGCGAAGAAGACAAAACGUAAAAGUAAACUAGGCCAGGAUGCCGAAAAGCAGACCUCGAUUACCACGAAACUCGCCAGUGGCGUUACAAAGCGCACAAACAGUCUGAAUUCGCAGAGCACAAGCUAUGAAAUCAAUAAGGAGGAGUUCAAUCGACAAAUUGAACAGCAAAUACAAAAUCAUUUGGAUAGUGAUCUCUGUACGUUCGUUAUGAAUCAAGUGUCGCUGACGUUGCAGUUUUUCGGAAACUAUGAAAAUGAAUUGGCAAAUAUUUCUGAGGAAUUGCUAGCAAAAGAGAAUGAAUUGAAUCAGAAUCUCGAGGAGCAUUCCAUACUCUUAUCGACGCCAUUGGAUGCUGCUGUCUCCAAGUGGUUGCAAUAUAAACCAAUCCACGGUCCAGAAAAACACAAUCCACAACCACUUCAACCGCUGGCCAUGUAUGUGAUAUUCGAGAACAUCGAUAUAGCGCGUCCGAAUGAUGCGAAUUACGAUUCGAUAUCACCACUUUGCAAAGUCGACUUGGACACGGAUUUCUAUAACACAACACCCUGUAAAGAGGACUACAUGGAAAUGUUGCGCGAGACCAAAUGGAAGGGCUAUGUACGUCUGAAACUACGCGAAGAACCCAAAACUCAACGCAUCGGUGCCACCGAUGGCGAUGUGUAUACGGACGGCAGUUCGGGUUACAGCACGACCAGCGUAUAUAGUCUCAAAGCACCGAUCACAGCUAGCAGCAAUCGUGCGGAAUCUGAAUAUGACUACACCUACAUAGCACAUUUGAAUACACAUCAUCCGUUGGCCGAGCUAAAGAUGCACAGUCAACGGGGUAACUAUAAGUUGAAUGCCAAAGUCCUGCCGGACUCAUGUGUGUCCACACUGGCGCAGUUUGUUGAACCAUUGAAUGAUGUGGACACCGACGACGAUGAUGACGAUGAAGAUGAAACUGAGCCGGAGUCCGAUGAUGAAGAUAGCGCCGAUGAAGGUUACAAUGGUUUGCAAAGGCGGCGGUAUGAGAAGACACGCUAUCGAGAUGAGGAGACGGUGGAGGCCAUACGUUUGUACAAGUUGGAGCAGGAACGACGUCAGGUGCUGUUGCAGCAAUGCUUUCUCAACUCCAAAGAGUUUAUGCGUUACUUCGGUGAGUUGGUACGUCAACAGCUUGCCGAACGCUUACAAAUAUAUCCAGAGGAGUUGGAUGAGGGCACAUAUCGCGGUUCUUCGAUCUACACCAAAUACUUUGAACUCAUACCAGCCAUUUAUGUGGCGCAUAACGCACAGCACUGGCCCGAUUGCGCAUUUCAAUUUCGCAUACGCGAGCGUCCAAUCUCCACUAAUCCGCUAACUGGGCAACAGUUUCAAUGGCCAACGCGUUCGAUGAUCAGACGUAUCGAAACUUUUGGUUUUCAUGUCAUACCGAUUGGUUAUGCACCCAAACGACAACGAAAUCCAUUUCGCGAACUUGAAUGGCGCAUUGUCUUUCCGAAGGCCGAACGCUAUCUGGAGCAGCAUUUGACGAAUACACAGGUGAAGGUAUUCAUGAUGACCAAGGCUUUAGUGAAAACGUUUGUCGAACCACAAGAGAAGCAUAAGGCGCUCUCAUUUAUAAUGGAACACCUACGCAUGCACCUCUUUUGGGAGUGCGAGCGUAAUUUCACUGCUUGGCCAGAGGAGUAUCUCGGUGAGGUGCUGUUGCGUUUUAUCAGUACAUUCAUGCAGCGACUGCGCGAAAAGUGUUUGAAGGAUUUCUUUAUUGAAGAGCGUAAUCUUUUCGAGAGCAUACCUGAAUACUCGUUGGUCAUGUUAUUCUCUAUAUUGGCCGAUAUUGUUGCGAAUCCACUAAUGCAUCUAAUGGUGGCGCUUAAAAAUUUAGAUUUUGCCGAAGAUUUCUUCCCAAAAUUAAAUUUCAAAAGGAUAUUCGAAAACCUUUCCGAAAAUAAUAUGUUGAAAUUGAAAAUACAAGCUAAAAACUCGCGAAGUCUAGUCGGUUUAGAUGCGGUGGAAGAUGAACCGCUACUCAUGCCAGAUGAAGAUGCAAAGGGUUUGGUCGGCAUGAAACAGCACCGCGAUAAGACCAAAGGUAAAUUAAGACGGAAAACUCAUGUGAUGCGGCACAAUAUCGAAAUGAAGAAGAAACAAGAAUUAGAACGGCGACGUUUGUCGGAGGAGUCCAUAGACGUUGAGUUCUUCUUCCGACGCAAUCUCAAGAACUCCCAACUGAAGCAACUCAAUCAGGGUGUUGAAAACUUAAGACGCACAAAUAUACUCGAAAUAAUCAUCGAUCAUCUAAUAGCGAUGACCGAGAAAGCAAUGCAGUUUCGUGUUUUAUAUUUGGCGAAAACGUUCUUGGCACAAGCGCGACGACUCUGCAAAUUCUACAAUAACUAUGGUUGCGAUAUGGGCGCUAGAGAAUAUCUACACACUAUCGAUAGCAUAGAAGAGGAGAUUGCCGGUUUGCAGUUGAACGAAGAUUUCACGCAUUUACCGCCAACUUUGCCGAUACGCACAAGUGUAGAGGCUAGCAAUAAGUCUAAACUAACCAAAGAGGUUUUCGAUCAUUUGGAGAGUGUGCGUCGUACCGUGAAAGUGGACAUAGAAGUAACGCGCAGUGAAAGAGAAAAGUCUCCGAUAACUAAUAAUAGUAUUGCGAAAUUUGUGGAGGAGAGCGCUAGGCCGCCGUGCUCCUUUAAUGAAAAUCUCGAGUUUGUGGAUAACGUAACGCCUAAUUUAGGUCGACGUAAGUCUAUCAAAUUUACCGAACAUGUAGUCGAAGUGCAUGAAGGUGACACAAAUCCCAUACAAAAACCUGAAGGUCAAAGUUUGGUCGGUAUUUUGCGCUUCAAUCCGGACGUAACGGAAAUAUGUGAUACAGUUACAGUUGCACAGAGAGACGAGUCGAACGUCACUUAUGAGCGCUAUGACACAGUUGAUAACUGUAAUUUGAAAGAAGAUGUCGAAACUAUAGUGAGCGCUGAAGAAAUCAAUAAAUCUCAGGUGGAAGAGGAAAAUGAACCAACAACUGAUAGUCCGCUGCAUACUACAGUAAAGACACCUAGCGAUGAUAGAAUACUCGGUGGCUUAAGCAAAAAGGUCGGUAUGUUGCGUAAUUUACCGCUCGGUAAUUCGCAAGUUAUCAAAGAUAUUACAACGUCUACGGAGAAGCUAUUGGUUUCGGUGGCCUCAGAAGAAAAGCGUUCACAGCUAAAAGAUGUCAUCAGACGCAAAACAGUUCAGUUAAAAGGCGCAUUUAAUCAGAGCUCGGAGUCAUGACCUUGAUUUUUGGAUAUUUUCCAUGAAUUUUAUAUAUAAGUGUUAUUAUUAGUUUAAAAUUAAAGAAAAUUAUAAAAUAUAAAAUUGUUUCCCAAUUAGCUGCCCUCUUUAAGGUAACAGUAAAGUUCCCGUUCCUGCUUUUCUAUAGAGGUCCUACAGAGUUUUUCCGAUCAAGGAUUGUCAACUCGGCAGAAUUCUUGAAAAUUACUUGAAGGAGUGCUUUCAGUUCUUUCCACUACUACUACUUGAUUCCAAAUCUCAUUCCUCGUAGUUUUAACUGC